AUGAACGAACUGUUCAAGGGCUUCGCCAAAGCCCAUGCUGAGCAGAAUGGAUAUCUGCUCGCGGCAACCCUCUCGCCAGUUUCCCCAGCAGAUAAUCCUCAGCGCCUAAGGUCCAUCUGGAAGAGCAGCAAUGCGCACAGCGUCAAGGGUGACAUCAAGCAUUGGAUCAAGUCAAAUACAUCCAGGAAUCUGGAUCACGAGGAGAUCAAAGGCUGGGUGGAGGUGUAUGCCGCAUACUGGAAUGCCGUCGGGGAUAUCGUUGCAGGCGAAGAUGGCAAGUCAACAUGGACCAAGGUCUAUGAAUCAUGGAAGGAGUUAACAUCGGUGCUGAUCCGAGGUUACAACAACUUUGGCUUCGAAGCUUGGACAAUCCCCUGCCUGUAUAUGGUUGGCAAAUACCUGAGAUUAUUCGCCAUUAAAUCCGAUACGGAGCGCAGCCGCAACCUCGGCGACAAUUCUGGGGGAGCCUCACUAAUGCAAGACGACUUUGACCCAGAGACGGAAAAACAAGGCCAGCUGAGAGAUUGCGAACAGCAUCUGAAGAGGAUAUUUACCCUAUGCCUCAACGACAGAGCACCAUUAGAAGAGUCGAGGAAAUGGGGCAUCUACUUCAUCAUCAACCUGCUGUUCAAGACUUAUUUCAAGCUGAACUCUGCCUCUCUUUCGCGGACUAUCCUGAAGACCUUGAGCGCCUACAGAGGAGAUAUGCCGCCACUAUCAGCGUUCCCAAAGUCGCAGCGAGUCACUUUCAAGUUUUACGAGGGUGUCUUGUUCUUCCUCGAGGAAAACUAUGUCGAGGCCGAGAAACAUCUCGUCGAAGCCUGGGAGCUCUGCCACAAAGAUGCUAAGCCAAACUUGGAGCGGAUCCUUACCUACCUCAUCCCGUGCCGUCUUCUCACCAGCCACGUCUUGCCGACAAAGGCACUCCUGGAGCCGUUCCCACGCCUACAGAAGCUCUUCCUCCCGCUAGCCCAAUGCAUCAAAAAGGGUGAUCUUCACGCCUUUGACCUUGCAUUGCAGGAGGGUGAAGACGAGUUUGUCAAGAGACGCAUUUACCUGACGUUGGAGCGUGGUCGCGACAUUGCCUUGCGGAAUCUGCUACGCAAGGUCUUUAUCGCUGGAGGAUUCGACGAGCCCAAAGAGGGCGAGACCACACCAGUUCGCCGCACGCGGGUACCUGUCGCAGAAUUCCGUGCGGCUAUCUGUAUGGGGAGUGGCGGGGAGUUGAUGGACACUGACGAAGUUGAGUGCUUGAUAGCGAACAUGAUCUACAAGGAUUUGAUGAAAGGAUACAUUGCCCGCGAACGGGGCAUCGUGGUGUUGUCCAAGAAGGGCGCCUUCCCGGGCACAGGUGUCUGA